AUGUCACAAUCCAGUGGUGAUGUCAUCAAAAAUGAAGAGCCAAAUUUUGAUGAUAUGGUUUACAAUUAUAAUUGGUCAUCGACUUUGCUCGGCCCUAUGGACUCAUGGGAACCUGCACUUAAAAAUGCUAUGACUUUGUGUCUCAAAUCUGCGUUUCCUACAUGUAUCCACCUCGGCCCUCCUGAUUGGCUUGUAGUAUAUAAUAAAGCAUUUAUACCAUUAUUAAAGGCGAAACAUCCAUACGCAUUAGGAAAACCGACUAUGGAUGUUUGGCCUGAAGUGUAUGAUAGAAUGCUUCCACAAUUUGAAUACGUAAGAACAACAGGCAAGGGUAUAUAUAGAAAGAAUACAUGCCUAGAACUACUACGUGAUGGAUAUGCAGAAGAGUCAUAUUUUGACUAUACUUUUAGUCCGAUUUUUAAAUCAGAUGGAUCUUUCUGUGCUAUAUUUACUCUUUCAUAUGAAACUACUCAACGAAUUUUGCAUGCUAGAAGGUUAAAAGUACUGAACGAAUUAGGUCAUAGGAUUUCUGAGGUUGAAUCUUUAGAAAGUGCCUGCCAUCUUAUGACUAAAGUGCUAAGUGAUAAUGUAGAUAUUCCUUAUGCAUUAAUUUAUUUUGCUGAACACAAAUUAAAUACUAGUUCUGAAUCUCUGGUCGCUCGUUUGAUCGCCACGACCUUUGACGAAGAUAAUAAAAAAGGAAGACAUAUUCCUGAUUAUUUACCAAGCUAA